UUCGCGCAUCUCACACUGACUUUGUGCUUUCCCUUUCACACAGCAUUUCCUCGUGGAGGCUGCCGCUUCUUUAUCGACUUUGGACUUUAUUUGCAUGGGACGCUGAGGCUGGCAUCAGUCGAGCUGUGAUUUUAGUUUCCAGUCCGUUUGUCUGUUUGGAGUCGAAACAUGAGCGCGAGUGGAAACGCGAUGGCGAUGUUCGGGAUGCAUUUAGCGGAGGAUCAGAUUAAAGUUCUGGAGGAGAAUUUCACGAAGGUCAGCAAACAUCCCGACGACGCCACGCUGAUGCUGAUCGCAGCGGAGUGUGGGCUCAGCGAAGAGGAGACAGCGAAAUGGUUCAGGAUGCGAAACGCUCUGUGGAGGAAAGCAGAAGGUCUGCCUGCUGAACUGGGAUCAGUGAAGGACUGAUGGAAGAUCUUCAUGUUGUUUUUCUCUCUCUGCUCCAGUGAUUGUUCAGUAGACCAUCUCACUGUCUCUCUUUUCUUAUUUGAGGAUGUUCUCUAAAGUUUAAAGACCGCUAUGGGUCUUAUUUUAUUUUUUAAAAUUUUAUCCAAGUUGUAAUCUUUUGCAAAGUGUAUGCCAUAUAGCCUAUUUUUAUUGCCUUAAUAACUAUUAAAUGUAAGUAAAUAAACUAAAUGUAAGCAUCUGUAUAUAAAAAGUGACAUCUGUAUUAUUUUCAGGGUUUGAUUUCAUGUGUUGAAUAUUUAGUAUAGAGCUUGUUUGCUUUCUCAUUAUGAGAAUCAUCAUGCAGUUGAGAAACAUAGAAAAGCGGUAAAUGUCUUUAUUUAUGAACCUAAAAAUAUAACAAAUAAAUAUCUCUUUAUCAUCUCAAUUGUUUGUGCUAAACACUAAUAUGAGAUUAAAUGGAGAACAAAUUA